UCAAUAGUUUCAAUUCUCCUUCGUAUUCAUCAAAUUUUCAGAACUUCAUUUUCAGAGAAGUAUUCCGUUUCCGACGAGAGUUAUCAAUGGAGGGAACGAAGGGCGCCGGAGGAAGAAAAGGAGGCGACAGAACUAAGGUCUCGAAGUCUGUCAAGGCCGGACUCCAAUUCCCCGUCGGAAGAAUCGGACGAUACCUCAAGAAAGGACGUUACGCCAAGCGUACCGCCGCCGGUGCUCCGAUCUACCUCGCUGCGGUGCUCGAAUACCUCGCCGCUGAGGUUUUGGAAUUGGCGGGGAAUGCAGCGCGCGACAACAAGAAGAACAGGAUAAACCCUAGGCAUGUUCUUCUGGCGGUCCGGAACGACGAGGAGCUAGGAAAAUUGCUUCAAGGAGUAACCAUUGCUAGUGGUGGUGUUCUUCCGAAUAUUAAUCCGGUUCUGCUUCCGAAGAAGACAUCGUCGAAUUCCACUCCUUCGACUGCUGAAAAGGCUCCGAAAUCGCCGAAAAAGUUGUGAAUUAAGUAACAAGUUCCUAGAGUAAAUUUAACUUUUUUUUUUUUUUUUGUAAAAAUUUUAGGACUCUCAUGGGAUCCUUAGAAGAAUCGAUGGUUUUGAUAUCUGGUUUGCUUGUGAUGUACGUAUCCGUUUCACAAAAUUUAAUGAAAAAUUUAUCGUUUAUCUA